AUGGCGGGGCUCGCCGGCGCGGCCAGGGCUGAGGCGAGGGGUGGCGCCGGUGCGGCCAUUGGCGCGCGGGCUGGCGCGGUGGCGCGGCCACGGGAGGAGGAGAUGGCGGGGAUGAGGCGCGCCGAGGCACGGGGCCAUGGGGCGCCGACCGGAGCGGGACGCGGGGUGGCGCCGGUGUGGUCAGAGUGGCGCGGUGGGGCGGGCGCGGUGGCGCGGCCACGGGACAGAGGGAGAGACGGGGGAGGGCGAGGCCAUGGCCGAGGUGGCCGGAGCAGGGGAAACGUCGGGAGCCGGAGGGCGGGGCGGUGGUCGCGGGGCGCGGUGAGCGCGGUCGCGGGCGCGACCAGGGGCGAGCCCGGGCGCGGCCACGGUGCGCGCGGGGGCGAGGGAGAGGGUAGGAGAGGGGGAAGGGCUCGCGCGAAGACGAGCGCGGCUGCGGGGCUCACAUUGCCGGUAGGGGAGUGGCAGCGGGGCGCGAGGUGGAGGUCGGGGACGUCGCGCGUAGAGGGAAGCAGGCCGGCGAGGUCCAGGCGACUCCGGGCGGCGGACGAGGACGAGGCGUCGGCGGUGGUCGCUGGGGAGAGGUGGCGGGGUCGGGACGAGGCCGACGGGGGGGCGCAGGGCGUCGGGGGCGAGCGGGGCGACGGGGUCGUCGGGGCGGCGUCGCCCCGAUUGGAUCGGGGGAGUGGGGGGGAAGAGAGAGUGAGAGGGGGAUCGAGGGGGAGUGGGGUGCGGUAG